UCUCCAUUCAUGCCAAUAGCAAACACCGCGUCUCCCCAAUCCGCAUCAUGGCUCCUAAAGGCAUGAACUGGCAAAAGUCCAUUAACUGCACACUGAAGCCAGAAGCAUAAAUCUAUUUCUCUCAGAUAGCAUCGCGUUUCCUAAGGCAGCAUGGGCGCACUCACAUGUUCCCAAGAACUUUCCUGGGAUCCCUUUCUCCACUCCGCUGGUUAGGUCUUUGCGACGCGGUUGCUUUAAGAGGAGAAGAUUCCGAGGAAAGGGGCGGGGCGUUUCCAUGGAGGUGGCGGGUUUAUGCUGGCGAGAGGGGGACAAAGUAUGCGUAGGGGGAUUGGAAGAGAGCUUUAUGCUGGAGUUGAAGGUUGCCUCCAUGUUGCCCUUCUUUGAUCUGUCUGGGCAGCCCUUGCAACCAGUGCCAUCGCUCUGGAGGAUGCUGGAGGAACAGGUAGCACCCAGUGAAAGGCUUGAGAUGAAGACCAUCUUGGGGAAUGAUACCGUGGAACGGAGCUUGGAGCUGCAUGCUGAGGUGCAGACUCUGCUGGAAUUCUAUCAGGAGAUGCAGCUGGACCACUCAAAACUGGAACGGAGUCCUUCACAAGCAGCUGGCAGCUUGCUUUCUGCUCCACCCCACCUUAAGGAGCUGAUGAGGGAAGAAAUCCGCCUUCUUUUGAGAGGCCUUCAGCAAAAAGCACUGCAGGAGGGCAGGGACCAAGAUUGUGCCAUUUCUAAAUACAGCCCCCAUGUGGUUACCUUUGCUCUGAAGGGAGAUGCUGGAACUGGACAGCCUUCCUCUGGGAGCAAUGCCCUUAUCCGGCUGCUGCCUCCCAGAACCAUCAGUGACCUGGGACUCCUCUGCAAUAAACUGAAUAUCAACCACAUUAGUGAGGUAGCCUUUCGACUUCGGACCCUGCUAGAAGAGGAAUGCUGUGCUUUAGAAAAGUGCAUCUCCCAUUUGCAGUGUCAGCUGGAAAAAGCGCAUUACCAGGCUGCACAGUUGCUAGAGACAACACAGGAGCCCACCAUGGCUGAACUGCAAGAGGAGAAGCAUGUCAUGGAGCGAGAUUUGCAGCUGAGCUGGUUUCCAUUGUCCCCUAGUCUUUCCCUCAUGCCACAGCUGCUUGGGAGUAGCAGCUACCAGCCUCAGCCUAGCCAUUUGGAAGGUAUUACAAAAGGGCCAGAUUUUGUGGAGACCACUCCUGCUUCUUUACCCAGUCUCAGAAAUCAAACCACUGCUUUAUGCCAUCAGACACUUCCCUGGAGGAACCACUCAGAAAAAGGCCUGCAAGGAUGGCUGCAGCAAGAGGAACUCAGGCAAGCAUGGAAAGACAAGGACACUCAGAUUCACAGCCCUGUGAUUGCAGCACCUCCCAAGAGAAGUAGUCUCAGUUCAGCCUGCAGGAUAGCAAUAGCAGAGGUGGUCCCUGCCUUCCACCCAACACCUCCCCCAGAACCCUGUCCACUGCCACGCUUGUGCCCCCGUACUAGGCUGCUGCAAUGCAAAGGGCCCAGCUAGGGAAACGAAAUCACCCUCUUCUCCCUAACAUCUCAUUUUCUGCUCUCAUUAUGCACUUUGUUAAGGGCAGCUUGCACUGUUGUUUCCUGGGUUUAAUUGCUAUUACUUUGGCUAAUCUUCAUGUACCGGUCAGGGGAGUUCUGGGGAUUCCAGGGAAGUAGAAAGGCGGUAAUGAGUCUCUUUCAACACUGGUCAUCCUCCUGCAAGCACCCCAAAGACUGAGAUUUUUCUCCUUCUCACCCCCAACCCACAGUAGUUGUGUUAGCAUUGUGGGGCACGUGUGCCUCUUAGAGCUUCCCCCCCAUUCCAAGAAAAAUAGACUGCAUCAUCCUAGGCUCAGGAAUAUAAAUUUCAUUAAAAUCUAUCAGACUUUAAAAAUCUACAACUGGGAGAGUCACAGUAUGGGAGACACAUCACAAUUAUUGCUGUGAACAAGAAGAGACGGCAAUGGCAAUUGCCAUACUCGACGUAAGAAGGAAGGACAGACAUGGAACCAUGCAUUAAAUAGUGCAUCACUGGUGCGGGGAGGGAGGGAAAGACCGGGUGCUAAAGUCUUAGGACAAAAGUACCACCCUGGCACUGAGCCAUCUGUCCUCCCUCUGUCUGUUCAUGAUGCAGACAUUUGGCACUUAAUCACUGGCCACUGUGCCAAUAGCACCGGAUGGCCACCGUGCCAGUAGCACUGGCUGCAACAGUUACCCCAUGGGAAGGAAACCAGAUGUGCCUUUGCUAAUGGCAUCAUGGCUACACCGCAGCAAUUGUGCAUGAUCAAGAGAUGAGUGGUGCCCCCUGCAUGCACCAUUUGGCACAGCAAGGUGACUUGGUGGCAUUGCCACAGGGUAGAGAUCAGGAUAGUAACUGCCAGGGCCUCCUGUCCCCUCCACUCAGCAUUUCUAGGGCUAAAGUGCAGGCAGCAACACUGAAAUGGAAACAAAGGGAAGAUGAGGCUGGAAGACAGAACCAUUAGUAACAUCUACCCACCUGAACCAACACAGGCCUUGCUUUGUGUCAGGUUUUACAGCCAGACAUGGGGCCAAUGCCUCUGGCUGACCCCUCCACGCCUUGGGCAGGGGGCUAGCAGUUUCUGCCUCCCCACUAAUACUGGAGGAGUGGGAUGCAUGGAGCCCAGGCCUGGCUGGGGACAGCCUAUCAGGAAGGUUGUGCUUUGUUUCUUUUGUGCUUCUCCCAGGUGUGUGGACGGGACCCGGCACAUCAUCUGUUCUUAGCACCAUGGUUGGCUCUGCACCUUCCCCUAAAGGAUGGAGCAGGGCUAGGUCCCAAUGGGGUCUUGCCAGUACAGUACCCCUUCAGUCAAGUUCAUUGCUCCUCUCAGAGGAGGGGCAUAAAACAGUGCUUUAGAAACCCUUCCUACCCACCACAGGGCUCAAGUGUCAGGUCCCUAGAGUCAGUUUCAAGAAUAACGGGCUUGGAUGAGCGCUCAGAAGAUGCUGUAGGAACAUUGGUGCAUUGGUUUGCAACUGUUGCCCAGUGUAUGUGAUACUGUUCUGGAUUUGCAUCAUGGUCACAUGAUGCAUAUAGAUGCUUGGUGUGCAUGUAUGUGUGAGAGAUGGUGUGUGUUUAAAAACUAAACAUAGCUCUGGAUGUAUGUGUGAGAUUGUAUGUGUGUUGCACCCACACAUAUGCGCAUGCAAGCAAGGUUAGGUUAGAUUGAAUAUGAGCACAUGCCUGACUUACAGUGCUCCCACUUCCUCCCUGACUGCAGCUGAUAUUAGGAAGAGAUCUCUCACCCAUUCUGCCCUCCAGUUGUUCAUCUGUUAAACCUAUUAAAUAGUUUCUAGCAA